AUGUCUGAGUCUCCAAAAAUCAAGCUUAUUCGCUCUUACGAAGGCAAGAAUGUUGCUGAUGCUUAUGCGAAGUAUAGACCUUCGUACCCCAAAGCAGUAACUGACAGGAUAAUCGGAUAUUUACGAAAUAAAAUGGGGAUGGAUGCCCAGACAAAGUUUGAGAGAAUGCUUGAUGUUGGUUGUGGCUGCGGUCAGUCAACUUACAUUUUUGCCGACUAUUUCAAGUCGAUUGUAGGGAUUGAUAUCAGCGAAGCUCAAAUCGAACAAGCUAGGAAGCUAAAUCAAUAUGAAAACAUAUCCUAUCAGCUUGUUCAUGGAUAUGUUUUCCCAUUCGGAGACAAUAGUAUUGAUUUAAUAGCUUCUGGAACCGCGGCUCAUUUUUUCGAUAUACCGAAGUUCGAAAAAGAAUGCGAACGUGUGUUGAAACCAAACGGGGUAUGUGUGGUAUUUAGCAGAGCAAUAUAUUCAAUUAAACCAAUAUUAAACGACGAUGAGAAUGCAUCCACCCCCUCGUAUCCAUUUUAUAAUUUUUACAAAGAAUUCUUUGUCGACAUCAAUGGUGACGAAGGAAAUAUUGUUGCAAUUGAUGGGAAUAAGGUACUAUUCGAUAAGAUACAAAAUGACUCCAAGGAAUGUUUCAAGGAUCUUAUUUACAGAGACGAAAAUGUGAACACACUCGUAGAUCUUAAAAAUUUUAUGACAACUAUGGGUGAAUACCUAAUUUUAAUGGAAACUCAAAAACCCGAUAUCGAUCCUUUAACAGUGAUGGCAGAGAAGGUGAAAAAACUCUUUAACAUGGAAGGUGUGCCAGACGAAAAUGUCAAACUGAUCACAGAAUCAAUUAUUUACAUGUUCGUGUUCACUAAACGUGGCUGA